GUAACACCCAUGCCCUGCCUGUCUGUGCUGAGCUCACUGUAGGAACUUUAAGCAGUUAAUAGUAAAAACAACAUCUUGCUUCAACACCUGUUAUCCAGCAGAGAGUGAGGAGAGUGGAAGAGAUAAGGGAUGAGGAGGAAAGAUGUUGCUCCAUCAAACAUCCUCACCUCAGGACCAAGACAAUUGCAGUAGGCCAGUGGCUGUUCGAGCCACCUGCCUAAUCUCACAGAGACGUUGAAGUGCCAAGGACUCAAAGACCUGUUUUUAUUUACCUUCUCUGCCCUACACUGGAAGUAACUAGCUACUUUUUUUCAGUGCGCGCAGACAUCGGAGUUGGAGUUUCAGUCUGUUUUGGAAUUAGGCCUACUAGCACUAACAGUUAAAAUAUAGUUUUUUUUUAACCUUUCCCCUGGAUUACCUGUUCAGGUUGGUGAUGGGGAAUGCGGCGGGGGGAAUAGAGCAGGCAGAUGGCCGGGAGGCCAAGCACUCUGUGGGGUCAGGAACGGGCCUGAGUGACCCCACCCCGACCCUGCAGAAGAAGCAGUCUGCUCCCCCCAAGCUGCCCGUGCCCCCAGAGGAGGAGCUGGAGGAGCGCUUCAGUGUGGUUUUGAGCUAUAUGAACCUGCCUCCAGACAAGCUGAAGCUGUUGAGUCAGUACGACAAUGACAAGAAGUGGGAGCUGAUCUGUGAUCAGGAGCGUUUCCAGGUGAAGAACCCCCCCUCUACCUAUCUGACCAAGAUCAAGAGCUUCUACCAGGACCAAGGAGGAGUGACCCGCAGGUUCAAGAGGCGGGUCCAGGAGUCCACCCAGGUACUGAGAGAGCUGGAGAUCUCCCUCCGCACCAAUCAUAUUGGCUGGGCCCAGGAGUUUCUGAAUGAGGAGAACCAGGGUUUAGAUGUAUUGGUGGACUACCUGUCCUACGCCCAGUGUGACGCUUCGUUUGACCUGGAGGGUGCUGAGAAUGGGGGAACACUGUCAGAGAGAGGGAAGCCAGCAGAGAGGUCCAUGGAGGACCUGAAUAAGAGUGCAGGAAGCUCCCCUACACAUGGCAUGACCAGAGCAGCCCGCGCCCUAACCGUACGGAUAACCUCUCUGGCCCAGAGUAGGAGAACUCAGAAGAGCUCUCAAUUGACCAGUCAUAGGGACGACGUCCAUGUGUGCAUCAUGUGUCUGCGUGCCAUCAUGAACUACCAGUCGGGCUUCAAUCAAGUGAUGACACACCCACGCUGUGUCAACAAGAUCACUCUCAGUCUCAACAACAGGAACCCCAGAACCAAAGCCCUGGUGUUGGAGCUGUUGGCUGCUGUGUGUCUUGUGAGGGGCGGUCAUGAUAUCAUUCUCGCUGCCUUCGACAACUUCAAGGAGGUGAGCGGAGAGAAGAACCGCUUUGAGAAACUGAUGGAGUACUUUAGCAACGAUGACAGCAACAUUGACUUCAUGGUGGCCUGUAUGCAGUUCAUUAACAUUGUGGUGCAUUCGGUGGAGAAUAUGAACUUCCGUGUUCACCUGCAAUAUGAGUUCACUCACCAUGGACUGGACCAGUACUUAGAGACUCUGAAGCUGACAGAGAGUGAGAAGCUGCAGGUUCAGAUUCAGGCCUACUUGGACAACGUGUUUGAUGUGGGGGCUCUGCUGGAGGAUGCAGAGAACAGGGGUGGGGUGCUGGAGCAUGUGGACGAACUGCAGGAGCAUAACACACAGCUGAGUGCCAGGCUAGAGGAGAUUGAGAGCCAGUCUGCAGAGAGGAUGGCUGAACUAGAGAAACAGCUCCUCCAAGCCACCAAGGAGACAGAGCUGCUCAAGGGGAACCUGCGGGACUCCUGUUCCCAGGUCAGUUCUCUGCAACAGAGAGAGAGGGAGAGGGAGAUAAGCCAGGAGAGGGAGCGGGACAGAGAGCGUCUAAGCCAACCCUCCUCUGAGCUGGAACUCAAGGUGCAGGAGCUGCAGGACCGAGGGCUGAUCCGCCUGGGACGCACCCCCUCUGGGGCCCUAGACCUCCAGGUGGUGCCUGUCACCAUCAUUGAGUACGUCCCCGCCCCAGCCUCUGAGCCCCUGCUCAGCUCCACUGGACCCACUGCCCCUGGCCCAGACGUCCCCGAUGCCACUCCCUCCUCAGCCAUCUCUGCUGUCCUCCCUCCUCCUCCUCCCCCACCCCCUCCUCCUCCUGGGCCUGGUGGACCUACUCCCCCACCCCCUCCACCUCCUCCUCCUCCCCCGCCUGGCUCCGGUGGCCCACCCCUCCCUCCUCCGCCCCCUCCCCCCGGGGGAGUUCCGCCCCCACCUCCUCCUCCACCCGGCGUUGGACCCCCGCCCCCACCCGGAGGCCCACCUUCUGGAGACAGCCAAGCCGGAGGUAAAAGCAGGAAGCCCAUCCAGACUAAGUUCCGGAUGCCUUUGCUCAACUGGCAGGCACUGAAGCCCAACCAGGUGACUGGCACGGUCUUCAACGAGCUGGACGAUGAGCAGGUCUUAGGGGAGCUGAACAUGGAGGCGUUUGAGGAGCAGUUUAAGACCAAGGCCCAGGGUCCUCCAGCAGCUCUGUCCACUCUGAAGGUCAAGGUGGCCCAGAAGGCCCCCAGCAAGGUCAACCUGAUCGAGGGCAACAAGGCCAAGAACCUGGCCAUCACGCUACGCAAGGGAGGCAGGAGCCCCGCAGACAUCUGCACAGCUAUUGAGACGUAUGACCAGCAGUCGUUAGGGCUUGACUUCCUGGAGCUGCUGGAGAGGUUUGUCCCGUCAGACUACGAGCUGAAGCUCCUCCAGAACUAUGAGAAGGAGGGCCGUCCGCUGGAUGAACUGUCAGAGGAGGACCGCUUCAUGAUGCGCUUUGGGAAGAUCCCUCGUCUUGCCCAGCGAAUCAGCACCCUCACCUUCAUGGGCAACUUCCCAGAGAGCGUCAAACGUCUGCAGCCGCAACUGAACUCUAUAAUCGCAGCAUCCAUGUCCAUUAAGUCCUCGGCCAAGCUGAAGAAGAUGUUAGAGAUCAUCCUAGCCUUUGGGAACUACAUGAACAGCAGUAAGAGGGGUGCAGCCUAUGGGUUCCGCCUGCAGAGUCUGGACCUGCUGCUGGACACAAAGUCUACAGACCGCUCCCAGACACUACUACACUUCAUCUCCAGCAUCGUCCAGGAGAAAUACCCUGAACUCAACAACUUCCACACUGAGCUGCACUUUGUGGACAAGGCUGGCCUAGUGUCUCUGGACAGUAUUCUUCAGGAUAUCCGCUCUCUGGAGAGGGGAAUGGAAGUGACGAAGAAGGAGUUCCUGGUGCAGGAAGACAACACAGUGCUGAAGAAUUUUGUCAAGACAAACAGUGAAUUACUGGACUCUUUACUCAAAGACAGCAAGACCGCUCAGGAGGCGUUUGGCUCGGCAGUGGAGUAUUUUGGAGAGAACCCCAAGACCACGCAACCCUCCAUGUUUUUCCCUCUGUUUGUCCGCUUCAUGAAGGCCUAUAAGCAAGCAGAGCAGGAUAAUGAACAGAGGAAGAGACUGGAGGCCCAGAGCAGUGAGAACCAAGCAGAGUCUCCCUCCCCUAGAAAGAAAGAGGCUGCAGGACACAAGUCUCCCAUGAUGCCCAAGAUGGACCUGAUAGCGGAGCUGAAGAAGAGGCAGGUGAAGCCCCAGGUGAAGGAUGGGGCCCUGGAGGACAUCAUCACAGACCUGAGGAACUCACCGUUCAGAGCAACAGAUGGACGGAGACCAGCACAGCGUCAAGACACCUGAACAACUCUAGCUCCAAGACCCACAACUCCACUGAGAUGACUGUACACACGCAAUAUCAAAGUGUAUGCAUACACAGAACACAAAUACAUACUUGUACUGUACAUACACAAUACACAUACAUUAGUACUGGAGAUGAUGUUGCCUUUUACUUAUCAAUAUACAUUUAAACAACAAUAUGAAUUUACUCUGUAAAUAGAACACAGAGUUUAAGCUAUACGUCAUGAGCAAAUGUGUAACAUAGAAAUACAUCUAUGCAUUUUUAACCAUUAUCCAAUUAGCUUUUUAAAAUAACUAUAAUUUUUUGUUUUCUUCA